UGAGCUUAUUAUCACUAAACGCUCAGAUCCUCUGGACAUCGACGUUUCCUGAGGGCGUCGCGUUUGCCUACAUCAGAGUCACUGAAGGAAUCAUAUACAUAAAUCCCGAUGUCAGUUCGAAAUACGCUGGUACAACCAAUGUUGGUCUUAUCCGCAGUGGUCAUCACUUUGCCCCCCCCCCCCACACACACACAGACUCAUCCACUGGUGCCACGUAAGCCUCGUAUUUGUGAAGCAUGGUGGCGUGCAGUCUGCCGACGGCAUCACACUCUCUGGGACGCUUGUCAUUGAAUAUAAUCCAAGUGGCCCCCAGUGCUAUAGUGUCUUGGAUCAAGACCUUCUCUAACCAGUACCACUCUUCAACCACCAGUCAGGCAUAUUUUUUUAUGCUGGUGCUGCAAAUUAGAACGUGCUCAAGUGAUUUGCAUCAAGUACAGACCGGUGGAAAUCGUGCACAGGCAGGUUUUUUGGCGUCGACCAACCCCCUUUGGAUCGUUCACCCUGGCCCUUUCAUCGGUACUUUUCCCGCUGGGUGGUCUGCGGAAUGUCAGACAAUACUGACGUCGACGAGUUCAGUGGUUUCAAGGCGUGAUUAUUUUUUCCCAUCUUGCGCAGAAUGGCUCUGGAGAGCUGAAGGGCUCCUCGCUGAUUUGAAAGCAUCAUAUUUUGCAAUUGUUUGAUUGUGAACAGUCGAUGCAUCGUUUAUGUUUGAUUUAUGCCAUCAAUGCCGAUGUUUUUGAGGUGCCUCGAGCA